AAUUCAAUUUAUUAUCAAUGAAGUAUUAGUAUAAAGACAAUAUUGUUUAAAAUAGUGUUUUACAUUUAUGUGAACAAUAAGUGUUUUCUGUAUUUUUUUUAAUAUAAAAAUAUUUUAGGUGCAUCACCAAAGUAUACAUUUUGGAUAAUGGCUCCUGUGGUUGAUGUGGAAAAAGUCUGUCGAUUAUGUUUCCGAGAAGACGAUGGUCGUAGCAAAAUGACUUCAAUUUUUGAAAGACAUGAACUCGAAGAUACUAUAAGAAAAUGUGUGCAAAUAGAGGUAUCAUUGAACGGCGAUGAGCCAACAAACAUUUGUGCUAGCUGCAUGUUAAGCUUAGAUUCGUGGAAUAAGUUUAAAAUACUAUGUGACAAUACUAAUGCUUUUUUGCAGCAAUACAUACAAGACAACAUAGAAACAGAACUAGAUUUUAAUGGUGAAAUAUCAAAUUUAGGUCCACUCGGUUUUACUCCAUCUCAGAUGUCUGAUUUGAGUAUUGGACUACUUGAGAACGAUUCACUAUGGAAUUGUAUGUCACAACAUUGGAAUGAUGGUGAUACUUCGACAGAACUACCGUUACCAAAAUAUACGAAAAAAGUAGGACCGCCAGCUAACUCGUCUAUUGGAGCCAUAUCAGAUGAUGAUUGUGUAGACAUGACAUUAGACCUUUUAAGUAAAAGAAACACCGAUUAUCAGUACAAUGAGGUACAUUGGUGGAAUUCCAAAGCAAUAUCAAUGAAAAAAAUUGAGAAAGAAAAUUCUAAACAAUCUAAAGGACUAUCGAAAUCAAUGGCUAAGUAUAAUCGGUAUUAUCGUAAAACAUAUUUCUGCACUUUCUGCCCUGAAUCGUUUACAAGAUUUAACGAUCUCAUUUCACAUGAUUUGGUUGUUCACAAUGAUUUACCAAAGAAUCAUUUCUGUAAAAAAUGUGGAAAGGUGUUUUUGUCCGAAGGAAGACUUCAAGUACAUGAAAACAUUCACAGAGAAAAAUUAUUUAAAUGUCAGUUGUGCUUAAAAAAGUUCACACAAAAAAAAACUCUCGAUAAUCAUUUAAAUGUUCAUAUUGGUCAGUUCAUGUGUCAAAUAUGUGGUUUUAAGUCGCCCAACGCACACAACUUAAAAAUUCAUGAGAGUACUCAUUCCUUAGUUAAAAAUCAUUGUUGCAAUGUUUGUGAAAAAAAUUUUGCCACAAUGUCAUCAUUACGUAGACACAAGCGUCUCGUUCAUCAGAAGAACGUUAUGUUUCGUUGUGAUUUAUGUGAUUAUACGACUAUGCAACCAUCAAAUCUAAAGUAUCAUAAGUCUAGCCAUACGGCACAGACGUACGUUUGUCAUUUAUGCGGCAGAACUUUCAAAAAUCAAUUUCUGUACAAUCAUCAUGCAGAAGUACACGAAAUGCCGAUGUUUACUUGUGCUCAUUGUAAAAAAGCAUUCAAAAAAAAAAAAUACCUAAAGGACCAUUUGAGUAACAGCCAUGGACUAGGAUGCAUCACAAACCGAUCGUAUAAAUGCACUAUAUGUUCUAAAACCUUUUCGAGACCUAUAUAUUUAAAUAAGCAUACAAAAAAAUUUCAUUAGUUUCCAUAAAUAUAUUAUUAGUUUUAGAAACAUAAUUAACUAAUAACGAGAGCUAUGAUUUAAGGAAUUGUUUUUAUUGAACAUGUUUUCAUGGAAAUUAUACAUUAUACAAUUAUAUAGAUUUGUAUUUUAUAACAAUAUAAUUUUGUAUAAAACACAUCAUUGUAAUAACAAUACCUUCUCAGUUCCCCAUUGAAGCUAAAAUACCAUUAUACUGAUGUAAAAUGAUACAUCAAAGAGAUAAUUCUAAAAAUGUGUAAAUUAAGAUGUAUAUUAUCGGAGCAUUUGUUUUGUCAUACUGGCGCAACUAUGUAGUUUAGUGUAGGCAUAAUGGUGUAUCGGCUAACUUGGGGCAUUAUGGGUGUAUUGGUUAAAUACAAUAAUAUAUUACAAUAUGAUAAUAUAAUAUAGAGUAUGAAUUAUUUUACCCCAAGUCCCAAAUUAGCCUUGAUGCCCAAAGUUAGCCGGUUUUACAGUAAUAAACAUUUUUUCUCAAGUGCAUAAAAAAUUGUAAAUAAAUCACGUCUUCUUAUAAAAUUAAAUGAUAUUUUAAUUUUAAUAACGAUUGCACUGUUGAAA